GCCACCGAGGAGGCAAGGAGCUGCCUCCCCAAAACCGUUUCAUCCGGCGCCGGCGAGGCAACCAGGCCGAAACCCUAGCUACUAGCCCCAUUCGCUCGCCAAGAUGAGGUCGAUCCGCGCGGCGCAAGCUCUAUCCUCCCGCACGCUCCUCCUCUCCUCGCGCGCUCUCCAUGGGGCCGCCGCCGCCGCCGCCUCCACUGCCACGUCCGCGGGGCCGGGCGGGAGGAGGUUGGGCGCCCAGCCGCUGCCCCUUUCCCAGGCAGCAUCGUCAUCCUCCUCGCGGGCCAUGCCGGGGGGGAUCGCUGGGGCCGUCUCCUUCUCCCUGACCUUCGCGACGAUGGCGGCGGCGGAGGCCAAGGCCAAGGAACGGCCGCCCCUGGAUCUGCUGCCGCAGAACGUGGUUCUGUACCAGUACCAGGCGUGCCCCUUCUGCAACAAAGUCAGAGCUUUCCUAGACUAUCAUGAUAUACCCUACAAAGUUGUGGAAGUGAAUCCGUUGAGUAAGAAGGAAAUCAAGUGGUCUGAGUACAAGAAGGUCCCAAUACUGACAGUGGAUGGUGAACAGCUGGUUGAUUCAUCAGAUAUAAUCAAUAUAUUACAGCAAAGGAUCCAUCCUGAUGAUAAAGUCAGUAAUGAAGAGGAAGAAAAAUGGCGCAGGUGGGUUGAUGAGCACCUUGUGCAUGUCUUGUCUCCAAAUAUAUAUCGGACAACUUCAGAGGCAUUGGAAUCUUUUGAUUAUAUUUCAAAACAUGGCAACUUCAGUUUUACAGAGAGGUUUGCUGUGAAGUAUGCUGGUGCUGCAGCAAUGUACAUGGUGUCUAAGAAACUAAAGAAAAAGUACAAUAUAAUCGAUGAGCGUGCUUCAUUGUAUGAUGCUGCCAACACAUGGAUGGAAGCCCUUAAUGGAAGGGAUUUUCUAGGUGGCUCCAAGCCUAACUUGGCAGAUCUUGCAGUAUUUGGUGUUUUGAGACCUAUCCGAUACUUGAGAGCUGGAAAAGAUAUGGUUGAGCAUACUCAAAUUGGUGAGUGGUACCAACGUAUGGAAGAUGAAAUUGGACAACCAUCGAGAAUCCAGGAGUAGAACAAAUUAGUAGAUUUCUUUUUGGCUAUUUAAGUCUGACCAUUUCAAGCGGUGGGGAAUAUAUGUGCGAGGCAUUGAAGUUAUGAAAAUUUUGCAGAAUUUUAGUUAGAAUGUAAUAAUGCGACGUGAUAUACCAAGUUAUUACUCACAGAAUUGAACAUGAACAAGAGGAAAGGAACUCUCGCUUGCUG